AUAUAAUAUAUAAAUUCGUAUUUUCAACAUAACUUUACUCUUAAAUGUUCAGUUUAAUUAUUUGGUGAAACAAAAACAAAUAUUACAUCAUCUAUUGCACUGAACAGUAAAUUUAAUAUUUAAUUUAAAAUAGAAUAAUAAUUUUUUCUGAGCGUUGCUGUGAACUAGCUCCUGCAGCUAAAUGUCAGCUAACGUCCAUUGUCAGUCAGUUAGCAGUUAGCAGUUAGCAUCCGCAGAGGAAUCUCACGCAUCUUGAAUGAAAGUCGAGCGUUCGUCGCUGUUUUCUUCAGUAAGUUGCUCUUUGUUGGACAAACACCAUGAAGAAGUUAAACUGUUUUCAUCUCGACGACCUAAUGGAGGAGUUCGCUCAACUGGAGCAGACGAUCUCACAGGUCAGUGGCAGAAACCAGCUGUUGGAGGUCGAGCUGGACGACGCCACGAGACUCGUUAAAUUCUAUCAGACCAAAGAGAAGAGUCUGACUGAAGAGAGAGACAGCCUUCUCCUCACAGUGAACAGUUUGCAGCAGACUCUGCAGGAGCAGUGCAACCUCAGAGUGGAGAACCAGAGACUGAAGAGGGACGUGGUCGACCUGAAGCGACAGAACGAGAGAACGGUGGAGGAUGGAGAGGCUGAGGUUCAGCGGCUGCUCUGUGAAAUGGUCACAAAGGAGGAGAGACACAAGAGGGAGCUAGAGGCCGUGAGACAGCAGAGCAGGAGGGAGGCGGAGCUCGCGCAGAGGGAGGGUUCCAGUCAGGUGGAAGCCAAAGAUGCUGAAGUGAAGAAGCUUCUGGAGAAGAAGGAUCUGUAUCUGGAGGAGAUGAAGAAGAGGCUGAAGGAUCAGGAGAGAGAGAGGCAGAGCGAGCUCCUCAAGUUACAGAUGGAGUUUGGUGCGAAGUUAGCCCGAGUUCAGAGCUCAGCUCAGUGGAGGGAGCAGCAGCAGCAGCAGCAGCAGCAGCAAGGCUCCGGCCUCCUUCCUCAGAGCGUCUUCAAGAGGAAGCUGCAGUUCAUCCAAGAGGAGAAGAACAAGGAGAUUGGGGCCCUGCGUCAGAGAAUCAAGGAGCUGGAGGAGAGCCAGCGCUGCAGCGGCGUCAGCGACAGCCGCCUGAAGAGGAGGAAGAUCUAGAUUGUGUCAAGGCCAAACGAAGUUAACAAGCCGCUGAGCUGUCGGCUCUGCAGCUGCACAAAGCUCCAGACUCACUGGACACAAGUAACUCAACCAUUUCACACUUUGUAGUUCAUUAGUUUCAUUUUGAAAGCAUAACUGUUGUACACAUUGUAGAGAUCCCACUGCUUCUGAUGCACCGUCGUCCCUCACUGGAGCUGCAGCUUCACAGGUGAGCAGUGUGCAGAGAACACUUUCAAACCUGUUAACCUGUCUAAGGCUUUAAUCCAAUCAGACGGCUGCAGGGAGGCGACGCAGAGGAAGCAGUCAGGGAGUAGUUAGAAGUCCAGGAUCGUUCAGGGAAUUAAACCUAUUUGACUUCUUUCAAUUAAAGGAAAACUAAUCAUUUAACUCUGACUCAGGUUCCUCAAAGUCAAACUUUUCUUUCACUGAUGUUGACAAUCUAUGCAAUGAUCAGAGUAUUUAUUGUAUUGUAUUAGUUAUUUACAUACAUAUGUUUAUUAUUUUAGAACAUGCAUGGUAUUGUAGUCAUUCUGAACAGUACUACUCCAACUUUAUUGUUUUGAGCUAAAUUCUGAAAGCCUGUGUUGAUAUUUGAUGGUUUAUUAAACUGGAGCAAUGUGAAGC